AUGCCUUCAGGAUCAUCUGCUUUGCAAUCUGGAACGCUGAAAGAAACGAUGGCCAAUGGGCAGCUGGAGUCGGAAGUCCGGAUUCAAGAAGCGGAAGGUGAAAUUUUUCUGGUUCAAUCGAUGUCAAGAGGAAUUCAAGAGCCACAACCUCCAAACCCAAAAGACGGGAGUAUCUUUCCGACAUCUUCAAAAAAACGUCGUCUCGACAAGGGAGAAGAUGCUGGACACCAACCAGGACCGUCAUUUCUGCCGGCUCGAAAACACGAUGAGGACGAGAAAAUGCCGGAGAAUGAUCUUCUCGAGACGGCAAUCGUUCCUAUGGUCUCCAGAAGAGUCACAAGAUCCCAGAAGCCAACGGAAUAUGAAGAUUCGGAAAGUACAACACCAACUCCGACACCACAUCAAGUGGCAAAAAACCUGGGCGAAAAAUACAAAAAUAAUAGAAAAAUCAAACAUGUGAAAAAGGGAGAAACAUGUUUGAUUUGUAUUCAACAUCGUGGCUUUCGGGCUGAAUGUGAAAAGAAGCACAGUGACGUGGAAAAGAAGUUAGAGGCAGAUCUUCAAAGGUUGCUGCCCGAUAAGGAAGAAGUCGAGAUUACUUUGGUAGAAAAAGUGCUGAGAUAUUUGAAAAGUCGAUACCGAAAUGAAGUAGGGAUUUUGAAGGAAGUCCACAUCCGUUGCAUGAUUGUAGAGGGACAUAAGUUGAACUUCUACGAUAGCCAAGAAAAAGUAAGAAAAUUUGAGGAGGAGACAGCUCGAUUUGAGAAAACUAUAAGGCAUGACAGUUUAUUGAAUGCCUUGAAUAAGUUUAUGGAGAAAAUAGAGGGCGAUACAAGCCCAUUGAGAGAGUGCAUCGAGCGCAACGUUGCAUUUUGCAUGUAUUGCAAUACAGAGAAGAGGGAAAAAUGCAAGGAUGCACAUCGACUCACUCUCGGGCAGUAUGCAGCAAAUGAAGUCGAAAGAAGCCUGAGCGGGUCCUGGAGAAGCGUGGAGCACGUCAUUGAGAAAUUGCGAGACCAACAGCGGAUUUACAAGAAAAAUCUGGAUAAGUCCCGGAAUAGACGAAAUGCCAGCAGAAAGAGAAAAUCCGACAAAAGACCAAAACAGUAUCAAGAAUCACAACCUCCAUCCGCUCCCACCCCCUCCCACCAAAUGCAAUCAUGUCGGGAUCAUCGAGUAGACAACGUCCCGGCCCAAGAAUUCGAACUCGAUGCUGAUGAGUAUAAUUUCGAAACAGGAUUUAAGGAGCCUUCGACAUCUUCAAGAACAGCUGGAACAUCUCGAUUCAACGAUCCACAUCAUGAUCAUCGAGAAGACGACGUUGUUGAUCAAGGAUACGAAUACGAUGAGGAUGAGUAUGAUUUCGAAAUAGGAUAUAAGGAGCCUUCGACAUCCUCAAGAACAGCUGAAACAUCUCGAUCCAACGAUCCACAUCAGGAUCAUCGAGAAGACAACGUUGCUGAUCAAGGUGACAAGGAGGCAGAAGAUAUCCCGAGAGAAGUUGACGAACAAAUUAGUGAGGCAAAUCAAUUGGAAAACAAAGGCGGUGAUGAGGCUCCAGCAGAAGCUUCCAACCAUUUCAUCUGGAAUGCUCGAGAAUUCGAAAAAGGAAGUCUAGCGGAGCCAGAAGAAUGUGUCAUCACUGCAAACACUCUGGAGACUAGAGAACAACCUGAAGGAAACAAAAGUGAUUCUAACGAUGUGCACCGAGUACACCACCAAGAUGAAGUAAAUGAAGUAGUGGAGGAUUCUCCAGAAGUAGUCAAGUCAAAUGAUCGCCAAAGGUAUAUUGAUUCGGAAGUCGCCGGAAUAAAUGAAAGUCCAAGAGACGCUAGUGGAUCGGAAAAAGGCGCCAAUGAAUACGGAAUCUGCCGAUUGGUUGUGGAGGACAUCAUAGACAACGAGCAAGACACUAUGGCCUUAUCCACCACGAUCACCUCAAAUCCACAACCAGAACUUCCCAACCAUCCACAACAACCCUCACCCCCACAACAUCUGCAACCAUCUUGUCAUACAGCCCAGGAAUGGAACUACGAAGACGUUCUCAAUGAGGUACUUAAAGAUAAGCCGCUGCUCGCAAAAGCCAUAAAGGUAUAUCGAGAGCAACGUGGUCAAUCAACGUCAACGUCGUCUCCUGACCAGCAAAUAACAGGAUCAAGCGCAACUGGGACACGAUCUUCUGACCAACCUACCCCUGCUUCUGUGUCCGAAGUAAAACGAGAGAUGAAUCGGAGACAAGGUUCCGUUCCAACGUCUGUCGCCGCAGCUCAAAACGCAGGGCCCUCGACUGCCAGAGGGUCAUCGAUUGCAUCAAUCCUGUCAGUAGUCGAACAUUUUGGGCCUGAUGACUAUGACUCCGGCCUCGGAAGUCCAAGAGGCGCCCGAGGAACUGAGGAAGUCGCCGAUAUAUCCAGAUAUCGCCGAUUUUUGUUAACGACAUCAUGGACAGCAAGCAAGUCAGGAACCACUUCCGAAUCCGACCCGAUGGAGAAUGAAUUUUCCGAUGAACAGUCGAACUCAUUUAUGAAUUGA